AUGGCAGUGGUACAGCCCCCUUCAUCCUAUAGUACGUUGGGCUUUGGACAUAUCAAGGUCGGACAUGUACCUGCUUCCUCGCCCACGCCAACGCCGGUCCUGGUGAUCACGCUCAAUCGACCGCAAAAGCACAAUGCAUUCACGAGCCAAAUGCAACAAGAGUUGUGCACCGUGUACGAAAUGAUCGAAGCGGAUGACCGCAUCAAGGCCGUCGUGAUCACCGGUGCUGGUGAACGCUCGUUCUGCGCCGGCGCUGACCUGGAGAUCGGCUUUCUUGGAGGAGCAUCGAAAGGAGGCGCUCAGAACAGCACCAACGCGAAGACGGAGCGUGAUGUAGAUCAUCGGGACGGCGGAGGCAAAGUAUCUCUCGCGAUCUAUCAGUGUAGCAAACCGACCAUUGCUGCCAUUCAGGGUAACGCGGUCGGAGUGGGCAUUACCAUGUGCCUUCCAGCUGCCAUCCGGGUGGCCUACUCCAAAGCCAAAGUUGGCUUCGUCUUCAGCAGGCGCGGGAUUAUCAUGGAAGCAGUGUCGUCCUUCUUUUUGCCGAAACUGAUCGGCACCCCUAGAGCGAUCCACCUGACAACCACGGGAGAAGUACUCCCCGCGGAGCAUCCGCUCUUUGGCACACUCUUCAGCGAGCUGCUGCCUUCGCCGGAGGCAACACUUAAGCGAGCCCUAGAGCUUGCAGAUGUGAUCUCCAAACAGACUUCACUGAUCAGUUCAAAGAUUAUGAGGGAUUUGAUGUACCGAGGACCAGCAACGGCUGAGGAGACUCAUUUGCUCGACAGCAGGGUUAUACACGGUAUCUUUGGCUCCAAAGACAACACGGAGGGGGUGAAAUCGUUUUUCGAAAAGCGACCACCAAACUUCCAGGGCCAGUUCCCACAGGAUGCGCCCUCUGCAUAUCCAUGGUUUCCGACCAUUGACACACAGCAGCCGGCCAAAGGAGGUCACACGAGUAAACUCUGA